UUUGUUCAUUUACUUUUUUAAUUCACAGAAUCAUAGAAAAUUAAUGCCAUUGGAUGCUGGAUCAAAAAGCCGGAGAAAGCAACGACUGCAGACAAAAUUUGGUAAUUUGAUCGCCCGGAGGUUUAAAAAGACGAUACUACACUUCGUCUUGACAUGGUGUAUACACCGAAGCUACAAGAUGACAAGCUGUUGUCACUGAUGAUCAUAUUUUCUCAUUCUAAACCGUAAGUCCGACUUGUCAGGCGGAAAUCUUAACUUUCGGCGGUUUCGGAAAUGGUUUUAAAUUUAGAAGAUCAUAUGUUGACUGCGCUCAUUCCCUCGAGAACAGAUGUUGGUCCGAUAACCAAAACCGAUGAGCUCUCACAUGAAUUAUUAUACUUUAGACUCGCCGACAAUCCCAAUGGCGGCCAGUUCGACAUCGGCUUCGACUUCGACGGGCAGUUGUGCGAGCGGCGGUGUCAAAGGAUCGGCUAUCAAAGCGCUCGCCUUGGAGUACAAGAACUUGCAGGAGGAACCUCUCGAAGGCUUCCAGGUUAAACUAGCAAAAGAAGACAGUUUGUUCGAAUGGGAGGUUGCAAUAUUUGGACCCCCGGAAACUCUAUAUCAGGGCGGAUAUUUUAAAGCGAGGAUGAAGUUCCCUCAGGACUACCCCUAUUCACCCCCAAGCAUCAAAUUUCUCACCAAAGUGUGGCAUCCGAACGUAUACGAGAGCGGUGAUCUGUGCAUAUCAAUUCUGCACCCUCCGGUUGACGACCCGCAGUCCGGAGAGCUGCCAUGCGAGAGGUGGAAUCCGACGCAGACGGUCAGGACGAUCCUGCUGUCCGUCGUCUCGCUGCUCAACGAACCCAACACAUUCUCACCGGCCAACGUGGACGCCUCGGUCAUGUACCGCAGAUGGAGGGAUUCCAAGGGCCAGGACAAGGAGUACGAAGAAAUAAUCAAAAGACAGGUCAUGUCGUCCAGAGAGGAAGCCGAUAAAGACGGAGUCGUGGUCCCGAUGACUCUCGAAGAUUACACACGGGCAAGCCGGUUGAAAAAGGAAAUGACGCCGAUAGACCUGGCAGAUUUCUACGAGGACAUGGCCCAGGACGAAGAGGACAACUCGGAACAGGAGGACUCCGCAUCCGACUCGGCCAGGAACCAAGGGAGCGAGAACAGCGGUAGCGUCAUCGAAGAAUGAACCCUCAGUACAAAUUACAGGGCUGGAUUUAAGAUUUUUAACUCCGUUCUUUUAUUGAAUCCCAAUGUAAAAAAUGAACCUGUUGAGGACGUUAUGUAUAAUUCAUGCACAUAUCAAUACAAUUUAGACGUGAUUA